AUGGAGGUAAAAGAGGAGCCAACUGAAAUCAUCGAGGACCCGAGCACAACGGCGGUGAAAAUGGAGAUGGAUAGCGAAGAAGACAGCGAGCCAGAAUUUCACGUGUCAAAUAAAAACCCAGAAAAACUUCUUGAAGAGUCAGACGAUGAGGCUUCUAUUCCGCCGAAAUCAAUCGCUUCGGAGCUUGGUAUUCGUUCGAAGACUAUUUUUCAAGAAUGCAAAGAUACAGUACGACUUGCUGGGAAAGCUGCUGUGAACCUUGCGAUUGAACUUGAAAUGGCUAGAGACGACCACGUUAUCAAAAAUCACUACGAUUUUAACAGCCCAGCUUCGUACAACGGAAUAUUGACAAAAGAGAAUGCGGCUGGGAGAAAUCACUGCACGGAAAAUCACUUUUUCAAAUCGUUGCCUAAAUGGGUGAUAAAACAACUUCAACAGCCAAACUUGCUUCCCGUUAUUUACAAAUUCAACGGCCCUAGUGAUCUAUCACUUGCCAAAGGGAACCCUUUUGGAUCUAUUGCGGUAGCCUUUCUCAUCAGCCAGAUAGGCCUAUACGACGUUAUUGGGCCAAAAGCAUUCGUGUCCGGCUUCAAUCAGCUCUAUCGAACAAUGUUCACCAAGCCACCAGGAGCACCAGAAGAAACAUUACCUCCAGAACACCCCGUACGAAGAUUUGACUGUCUUUCUUUGGAUGAAAAUGAAAAAGUAGAGUUCUUGGAAAACGAAAGCCGAUGCGCGCUUUAUAAAUCGCAAUGUUUCACCUUUGUUUCUGCAUUGAGUUCAGACUCAGAUUAA